AUGCCCACCCCCGAGCGCAACACCGACCGGCUAGCUUCGUCGCGUCGCAUCUACGAGCAGCAACAGCAGCGCUCACCUUUCAGUCGAGCUCGUGGCAACUCUCGAGCAGCUGAAGAUUUUGACGCGUCUCGGAUUCCUAGUCCAUCCUACAAAUAUACUAGUCAGCGUCGGACGAAUUUCAAUGAGACCAAUACCCUAACAGGAGCGUUCAGGAAAGCGGGGCGCUACGCAACGAUGGCAGAGAAUGAGGGUAUAUCGGCACCCGUGAGAGGGACGCCAAGUCCUGGAAGAAGGCGCCAGAUUUACAAUGUCCGGUCCCCCGAGUCGAAUCCGCCGAACGAGCUUGCAGAGGCAUAUCGACAGAUAGACGAUGCGGACAGCCUGGCCGAUCUGGAGCCAGAGGACGCCUACGGUCGGGAGGAUAAGAUUGGACGGUCAUCAGGCUAUUAUGCGCGAGAUUACGAUGUGUUCACGACCUCUGACGCGAGCUUUCUGAACGAAGUUCAAGAGGAGUCACCCCGGCGAAGGUUGUCCGAUCAUAUUCAGGAUGAGAAGCGCUUGAGACGAGCCACGACCAGCCACUCUCCUGUCCUGUCCAAUCGCGGCGGAACUAAGAAUGCCUUGACCGCGGAGAAUCUUCAACGGCGCGAGGAGGAGGAUCAGAUAGUCUCUGGAGACGAUGAUACUUUCCAACACGGGCUCAACGUGCCUUCUACUUGGGGUAGCCGAGCGAAACGCAAUACCGACUGGCUCAGGAAACUAAAGCGACGCGAUGAACCUGAGCCCGAACCGGAGCCCGAACCCGAGCAAAGGCCGGAGCGGCCUGUCAAUGUGUCGCCGCCAGUGACCAAGCUCAAUUUCGACUUUCGUACCAGCCCCAACCAAUCCCUAAAGCCAACAUCAAGCAGAUAUAGCAGGAUCCCUCUAUCAGACGCCAGGAACAAGUUGUCCUCAGAACAUAAGGACAACAAGCCGAUUGGGGGAAAUUCGGAGCCUAUCGCCAAUACUCCAGUCGUUGUCUACAAGAAUUCCAGUUUCACCAAGCCAAGUCCCUCGAAGCGCGACUCGCAUGACUUGAUCCGCAGACUUGCGAGACGAGAGAGUCCUGACCAGAAUCGAAACCAGCAGGAAUUGAGGACACCCGAGCCACCAAAGGGCGGCCAGCGUCGGAUAUAUGACAAAACCCCUGUCGUGACAGGCGCGUGGAUAGACACUCCUAUGACUGAGCGAAUUUCCGAACGCACCACAAAGAUGUCCGACGAGCCCACAAAUGGUUUCAGGUCUCAAGUUGUGCCAGAUCAACUGAAACCCGUUAUUCCCGAAGUGGAAGAAGAGGCAGAAGCCGAGGUCAAAGGACUCACGCAGGAGAGAGAACGGGAUGUGGAGAGGAACAAACAAGACCAGCAGGAGAGAGAGCGCGAAAAGGAGCAAGAGAAAGCAAGGAUGGAGGGGGAGCAGGAAAAGGCAAGAAAGGAGAAUGAAGAGAAGGAAAAGGAAGUGAAACGGCAAGAGGAGGAACAAGAGAAGAGCAAGGAACGAGAGAAGAAGGUGAAACUGCCACUCGUCAAACCCGAUCUGCCCAAGAGUGCCCUCGAGUCAGUCAUACUGGAGCAUAAGGCCGAUAAAGAAACCCUCGACGUGGGUGAUGAUACGAUUGAAAGUCUCCAAGAACUGCUGGUCGAGCAGUCCACUGAAGCCAAGACCGGCCCACAGUCUGAUGCCGCCUACGAGAAGUCGAUAAUGGAGAGGUUAGAGCGGAGCCACGGUGAUGAGGACAUGGGUGAUCACAAGAUAAGCGAGAAACUGCUGUCGCUGGAAGAGAACCAGGACACUUUGAGAAAGAAGAUUGAUGGUGUUGAGGAACAAAUGACGCAGAAUAUACCCAAGGUACCCGAGGACUCUCCGCGUCCGACAUCUUCCCAAGCUCAGACGCAGUUGAAGCGUACCCCUGCAGGGAAGACUUGCGAGACUUGCGGCGCAGAAAAUGACGGCCGCAUCUAUGCUUCCAUUCCACUCCCUCUUUUGUGGACGCACGAUCCAAUUUCGCGGCGUAUCCGCAUUACGCGCCUAGGCUGGGGCCUCCUGCUUUCACUCCUGUGGUUCGUUUCUGAAUCGACCAUGUGCGAUUACUACUGCCAUCCCACUGUUGCUCCCGUCUGCGAAGGGAACUGUUUGCGUCCUGACGCGCCACGAUUUCCGUUUGUGCUUCCGAUGAUGCUAUGGCGAUGGUCUCAUCUCUCUUCUGCUCUGGAACCAGUUGCGACACUUGGAAUCGCAUUUAUCAGACUCCUAGCGCAGCUCCUGGGUGUCUGGGACGGUUAUGUGGACGUGCCACCGCGGACACUCAACCUUUCUGGCGAGGUCCGCAUAUACGGCACGCGAAUCACUCAUUCGCCUGUGACCGCAACGGCUACUUCCGGGUUUUUUGCAAGGCAAUGGCCGGCCAAGGGACUCAGACACACCCCGGAAGCCGUGUACACGCCAGAGGCUGUCCCAGAGUUGAGGCUGGAGGAAGAGUUGCCUCGAGAAGUGUGGGACGAUGACUCGAUGGAUGACGACGAAUUAUUGUGA